AUGUCAGAAACGUUAAAUGAGUUUAAUCUUGUUCAAGUUUUAGAUCAAGCUAGUAACCCUACUAAAGCAGGUUCUGAAGUUCAGAAGCUUGCUGAAGAAAAGCUGAAGAGUUGGGAAAUUCUACCAGGUUACCAUUUCCUAUUACAAUCAAUAUAUCUUGACUUAUCAUGCUCAUUACAGAUUCGAUGGUUAGCCAUUAUACAGUUUAAAAAUGGGUUAGACAAAUACUGGAGACCCACUCGAGCUAAUCCAAUCUCUAAAGAGGAGAAAGCUUUAAUUAGGGAUAGAAUAUUUGAUAUGAUUGGAGAACAGAAUAAUCAACUCUGUAUCCAAAAUGCACACGCUUGUGCUAGGAUAGCCAGGAUAGAUUAUCCUAAAGAGUGGCCAAACUUGUUUGAAUAUUUUGAAAAGCUGCUGAGUGACUACCAGGUUUUGCAAGAUAAUGUGAAGGUUUAUAAUAUUUUGAUACAUUUAAACCAAAUUGUGAAAAUCCUGUCGGCUGCUAGAAUUGUUAGAUGCCGUCCUGCCAUGCAAGCCAAAAUGCCCUUAUUAUUUCCCUUAAUUGUUCGUGUUUAUUUGACGAACUUUAAUACAUGGACCCAUUCGAACUCAUAUGAUGCGGAAAAUUCAUCCAGCAUCCAUGUUUCAUACUUGGCGUUGAAAAUUUUGAGGAGGGUUAUUGCUGAUGUAUUUGAGGCGCCGCACAAGGAUGAAGCGGUCGUUGAAUUCAUGGAUAUAUCCAUCGGUCAUUUUGAAUUAUUGGUAUCGAACUAUCCAACUCUAAAUAUGUUUGAUAUUUAUGAAAAGUUUGUCAAGGGAUAUGAAAAGUUAUAUUACAACUUAAUAACUAGCUCGACCUCCAGUUUCAUACUGUUACCUUGUUGCCAUCAAGUAUUGAAAAAGUUUACUACAUUACUAAUAGAAAAAGCUCCUGAAGUCUCAAGAGAAAAUCCUGAAGUUGAUGGAGACUUUUGGGAACAGCUUUCUAUUAGAAGUUUUGGCAUUUUAAAAAGGCUGAUUAACUUUAUCCGCAAGAAAGGCGCAAUAUCGAUCCGAGGCCAGACUAAUAAGGCUGAUAUUGACGCUGCAAUAGCAAAGAUCAACUCACAAUUCCUGACUGAAGAUUUAAUUAAAAAAUUGGUUGACCUCCUAAUAGACUGGUAUUUAAAGUUGCGACCAGCAGAACUUGAACAUUGGUCGACCGACCCCGAGGAUUGGAUGAACGAGCAAAUGUCGACAAACUUUGAGUAUCAGAUUAGGCCAUGUGUAGAAAACUUCUUUCAAGAUUUAAUGAACUGUUUUCCAAACCUUCUUGCUCCAUACAUGUUAACAAAAAUAGAGACCGAAGCUACCACUUUAUCAUCUUCUCUAGAUGACUUUUUGAAAAAGGAUGCAAUGUUUGCAGCUUUCCAAUUAAGUGCUACUAUAGUUGUGGACAUGGUUGAUUUCGACACAUUAUUAAACCAGGUAUUUCUACCGGAGGCCCUUUCUCAUGACAAUGUUACACCCGCUUCCAGAUUGAAAGUAAUAAGAAGGAGGGUUUGCCUUGUUAUUAAUGAAUGGAGCACUGUUAAAUGCUCUUCAGAAAGUAAAAGCAGUUGUUAUAAACUUUUCCUGCAAUUGCUUUCUGGUGAUGAUGAUAAAGUGGUACAAUUGAGUGCAGUCCAAGCACUAAGGACAAUGAUUGAUGACUGGGACUUUGAUAAGCAUGCUUUUCGCCCAUAUCUUACUGACACAAUUACACUUCUUUUAAGAAAGACUUUACCUUCUGUAAAGUAUACAGAGACAAGAUUGUAUGUUUUGAACACUCUUAGCGAUAUCGUCAUUCAAACUAAAGGGCUUAUAAGUAACGAAGUUUUGCUAGAGAUAUUACAGUUAACUCCAUCUCUUUGGAACCUGGCUAAUACAGAUCAAGCACAGGCAAUUUUAGCAAAUGCAUUAUUGAGGUUACUAAGAUAUCUAUUUGUAUCCUUAGGAGAAUACUCUUUUAACGCCUGGAAUAUAGCCAUUCCAAUUAUUCAGGCUGCUUGCAACCCGAAUUCACCACAAUAUAGUUUACUAUACGAAGAUGGCUACGAAUUGUGGGGUGCGCUGCUGCAAGAUUAUAGCCCAACGAAGGCUCAACUUGAUAACAGGAUUUUGGAUUUGAUAUCUUAUUUGGAACACGGUAUAAUGAACCAGACAGAGGUUUUACCAACGUUAUUAGAAAUUGUUAAAAGCUAUGCCUUAAUACUAAGCAGUGAACAAUUUUUUUCAAUUGGUACAUUUAAGGUUAUUUUUACGACUAUGUCGUCUUAUUUGUUGAAGUUAGCUGAUGAUUCAUAUGAGAUAUUUUUAUCGAUAUUAGACAUAUUGACAUUAACCGAUGAAGAAAGGGGAAAGGUGCAGCUAAUUAACUUCAUGUUUGAAACAGGGGUGUUCAAAACUAUACUUGAUGCUACGUUUUCUGAAGCCAUGUUAUCACGGUACCAGCUUUGUCAACUUUUAAAACCUGUUGCAAGAAUCCUUCCGUUUAAUCCUUCAAGCUUCAUUGAUCUUCUUAGAAGUUACCAAGCUUCACUUCCAACAGAAGCCGAAAAUUCUGUGACGGAAGAAACUCAGAAAUACCUCAAAAAUAAAAAUACUCCAUUAAAUGAUGCUCUUAAAGUAUUUAUUGAAACAUGGGCAUCGUGCUUCACAUUAUUGCACGAUCCUAAGGAGCAAAAAAUACACAUGUUGGGCAUGGCUAGUCUUUUGAAGACUGGGAAUAUGGAAAUACUACAAGAAUUCAGCACGAUGGCAACAUUAUGGAUCAAAAUGCUGGAAGAAAUCAAUGAGUCUAUUGGAGGUGACUGCGAAAAAUAUCAUGAGAGCGAAGAACCUGGAUUAGAACUUACAUGUGAGCGGUUGAGGUACGCUGCGCUGGUGAAGUCGAACGAUCCUGUGUUUAACAUCAGUACCAAAAGCUUCUUGGGUGAAAUAAUGCAUAUCAUAAAAAGCGAGUUAGGAACACAGUAUAAUGAAUUUUUAAGCUCUAUUGAUCCUUCCAUCUUAGCUAACUUGGAGUUGUAUUUAUCACUACCCUCUUCAUAA